AUGACGUCUUUGAAUUUACGUACUUCCGCGAAGUCAUCGAUUACGCGGAUUUUUAAUACGGUUCAUACCGAGGGCUAUAGUCCAUACCAGGUCGAAAUGGAGCACAUUCUUGGAAUGGUGCAGCAGUACUGGGAUCGUUUCGUUAAACAUCAUUUGGAUUUAGUCGCUGGGGCACAGUCGUCAGAUAUUCCUACUCACGAUACACUGUACGCUAGCACGGAAGAGCAAUUCAACAAGGUUUGCAUUAAAUUACGUCGCUUGCUAUUGCAAUGCACUCCUGUUGAGCAUGACUUCGUGCGGACCCAAGCAGCGGAUUUGCGGCUAGAUCCUGUUUCCAUACCACCCUUCGAUGGUCAGGUGGAGAACUGGCUUGUGUUUAAAGACAUGUUCGAGACAAUGGUCCACCAACGGACAGAUCUCGAUCCAACAUACAAGCUUAGUAAAUUGCGGCAGUACGUCAAGCCUGAAAGUGUCCCAAUGGUCACUGGGUUGUAUACUGGAGGUUAUGAAGAGGUUUGGGCGGAACUGAAGCGUCGCUAUGACAACUCCUAUCUGCUGUCACAAACCCACGUGCAACGUAUACUAGCUUUGCCAACUGAUCCACGGGACACACAGAAGGUGCUCCGUGAUAUCAUCGACUGUGUACGUAACAGCUUUCGUGCAUUAUCUGUCAUGGGGUUGCCGGUAACACAAUGGGAUGUACUUGCGAUUCCAAUAUUGCUGCCAAAGCUGCCGGUAGCAGCAAGAAAUGAUUGGGGCAUGAGCCUCAAAGACAACGAUAUUCCCCGAUUGGAAGAUUUAUUGAGCUUCAUCGAGCGUCGCGCGAUGAAUAUGCCGGCUGCAUCGUCUGUGUCGCAUGGUGUGAUCACCUCUUCACGGCAUACGGCACAACGUGGGGCUAGAGCACACCUAGCGUCUGCACAAGCGAAUGGUGCGAAUACCUCAAGUUGUCCACAUUGUUCGGAGAACCAUCGUCUUGCCAAAUGUCAUCGCUGGCGGAAUCUUGCAGUAACGGCUCGUUGGGAGACCGUUAGACGUUUGCGCCUUUGCUUCAACUGUCUACGUGACGGCCAUGUUACGCGUGAUUGUUCAGCGGGAGUUUGUACGGUUUGCCGCCAAAAACAUCAUACACUUCUUUGUCGCAGUCCGACUGUUGGUUCGGGUACUAGCAUGGUUCCCACCAAAUGGAUUCAACGAAUUCAAAGCCAGAACCUACAGUAUCGCAGCCUCAGGUCUUCCCACGCGGUGAACAACAGUCAAAUGUAG